UUUUGGCUCUCCUGGCUUUCCAUACAUGUGGUUUUAGGGGUAGUUACGUGCUGGAUCUCUUUCUUGAUAAACAGUGCAAACAUCUCACUGUGAAGACGACACUGUUAAUAAAUGAGAUACAACAUUUUCACUUGAUGUUACACAAGAGCGUUUUUUAACUGGCGGCUCAUUUAAUUCUCCUGAAGCUGGAUUUACUCGCCAUCUUCCUCCCCCCUUUCUGUCCCUGCAGCUCCCAUCUUCUUCCCUCUCCUUCUCAUCUCCGCCGCUCUCUGAUUGGCCGGGACAUUUUCCCCCUUGUCAGCUGGAUGAGCUGUUGGCUCAGACACAGAGUGUGGGACCUGUCACUGACCCCGCUCCCUCCCCCUUUCCUUUCUUUAUCUCCCCCGAGGGGGCCGGCAGUUUGUCUGAUUAUUGCUGACUACUCUUCAGUCUGUAUAAACUUUGGUUGUUGGGAUGCUAAACACCGAGGAAGGCGAGGUAGACCACUACACAUGGGCUUCAUCCCCUCGUCUCCUGAAGAGGAACUCUGAGCCUCGGCUGAAGUUUAGUCUGCAGUCUGGAGUCUUUAUGUCAUCCAUCUAUCUGGCAAUAACGACACCGAGACUGCGCUGCUCUUCAGAUAUAUGAAGAUGGGUGUGAUGCGCUGUGAUGUAAUCUGUGAUCUGUUCCCCUUGGAUCAUGGUGUUCAACACCGUGUAAAAGGGGCAAACAGUAGCGGUCUCCUGGCAGCUGUGACCGCCGUCGCCUCGAUGAGGGCAGCGGAGAUAAGCCGUGAUGUGUGUCUACAGGUUCUCCAUCACAACAGGCAGCGAUCAUCCUGGAUAAACACUGGCGAGGAUGUCGAGAAGUUUAUCAGCCGCAGCACAACACUGGACCUGGAAGCGUUUGAAGACACUUUGCAUACAGCCCAUCGGUGUAUGAGGCUCCACAGUGAAGACGCCAAAAGACGACAGCAACAUCCCUCAUCUGCUGAAAGUUACGAGGACCUGAGGAGACUUGGUCUGCUCGCUGCGAUUCCACCAACGAUGCUAAAACUCGCCCUCGUGACACUUCGGGGGAACGGAAAGUGCUUCCAUCAUACUGAAGAUGGCAUGACAGAUUCCUCCGCUGCUUGUUACAGUCUGAGCUUGGAGUGCCUCUUCUGCUUCCCCCGGAGGCUCCUGUUUAAGUUUCCAAGCCUUAAGCGGAUUACUCUGCUAAUUAACCUUUCAAUGAGCCUAACAUUUAAAAAAAAAAAAGGCUGGAGGUUUUUAUGAAGCGAUUUUCACAGUCUUGACAGCGGGGAGGAGAGGCCGACGAUGAAAGAGUCUGAGAGGGCGGAAAGGUGAAGAGACUCCCGCUGUGACUGACAGCAGGAUCCACUGAUGAACUCACUGUGUGUUUAUUUAAUAGCAGAGAUGAAACACUGGAGAUUUACUGGAGCGUUUAACCCCUAAAUCAGGCUUCAUGUCAUGUUUUAAAGGACGGGUUCAUAAAU